AUGGACUGCUUUUGUUCUAUUAACGAGCCAGCAACAGAGAGUUACUCAAAACCAAAUGCAACACAGAUUAGUCCUAGCUAUGUAUCAAUUUAUACAAAAAAUAAUAAUGAAAUUGUAAUGGUUUAUGCUAGUGCUAAACAAUUCCCUUAUUUGUCAGAUACCAACAAAAACGGUACUAAGACCAAAGAAGAUGAAUUUGAUCUUACCGGCUCUCCUCUUAAGCUGGACUUAAGUUUACAUACUUCAUUGGAUGAAACAAUGUCUACUGAUGAGCCUCAACUAUGGAGAAAGGAAGAGUUUACACAUGCUCCCAUAGACAUUAAAAAAGCUAGAUUAAUUGCAAAUUCUUAUACUAGAAGUCAAUCAACAUUAUCUAAGGAGGACUCUAUACCACAGUGGAUUUUAUGUGAUCCAAGUACAGAGGGCAAACCUUUGCUUCUAUCAGUACAAUCAAAUAAAGAUGAGUUUGCUAGAGGCAUUGUUUGUUAUGAAGGAAGUUGUGUAUUGGAUGAAGUGGAUAUUCAUAAUUUUAUAGCUGAGUUUGCUGCGCAUGAAAAGAUAGAUGAAGACUUGGUAAAUGUAUUAGUAGACUGUAAAUAUACAGUAGCUGGUAUGUCCUAUGGUACACUUAAUAUAGAGGAACAGUUAAACACACCACAUGGAGGUCUCACUGAGUUACAGUGUGAGUGGAGCUCUAAGACAUUAAUCACACCAUUUAUCAGUUGUAAAGUUAAUUUUGAACAAGAGUUAACUGUAGGUCAUCUAGCGAGUCCUUGCAAUGGUGUAUGGAAGUCUGUAUGUGCCCUAUACCAUAUCAAUGAGCUUCUUGUCGACAUGACAGCUUCAGGAGGCAAUGCUGAUUUAGAAAAGGCCUAUAUAAGAAAUUUGAUUCCCGGUAUGAAGAGGUACAAUAACACCAAACGACUCAAUGACCUUUUAAAUGAGACUGAAAUAUACACAUAUACUGCUGAAUGCCCUACUGGUGGUUGCUUAUGCGUCACUGAAGAUACAACUACCCUCAAAAAGUGUAUGAGUGAUCUGAACAAGAAAGGGUCUAGUAAUGACUUUACAUACAAACUGUGGGAUGUUUUGAGAGAUUGUGAAACAGCAGAUGAACUAAUGACAUUGCUGUUACAGGCUCUGACAUUCAUUUCAUCAGGAAAAAUAAGGCCAUUUAUUGAUGUUAACAACAACUCAAUAUUAUCAAAAUUAGUUCUCAAACUAUCAAGGGGUCACUCGCAAACCUCUAAAGUUCUUAAGAAUCUUCGAUCAAGUCCGCCCCAAGCAUUGUCCUUGGUCGCUCAAGUGGGAUUUGAGAAGACCACAUGGGAAUAUACUCGAAUAAUGUCACUAUUGGAACAUUCCUUUUUUCUGGCAGGUGUUUGGAAUAAUGAUGCUAGGUCCAAAGAAACUAUAGAACAAAUAAAUCAGACUAUCCAAGACAUGAGUAUGGGAGGUGACUUCACACUAAAUCCCUUCGAGAACUAUGGAACAACCGAAAAUUCUAUACGACUUGAUUCAGAAUCAUUCUGUGUUGAGGACACCAAUGAUUUAACUGUCGAUGAUUUUGUCUCCUUGAAAAAGCAUGGUCUUGUGACUGAUAAGAGAGAUGCUAAUGAGGUCCCUCUUAUACCAGAUGAAAUAGAUAUAAGCCCCUGGAAAAAUCUUCUAAUGAGAUACACGCAAGUUCAUGUAUGUUUGGAACAUUUAUACCGAGCUGAAACUUGUCUUCGGGCUGAUUUCGUUCAACUAAAAUCAAUGGCAUCACGUCUUCUGGAGGUUUAUGUGUCUGAUAAAUCCCCAAUAAAAACAGCUGGUCAACUGAUGAAUGAUCCAGUUAUCAAAAUCAAUAUUCCUAUAGCUAAUAGUACAGUACAAGAUCAUUUGAAGAAAUCCGCUAGCUGGUAUCGCUUAGAGUUGAGCAAAGUCGACGGUGCAAUAAAACAAGGUUUAAAGCGGGACUGUAAACUCGUCUAUGUAUUUUCACAACUACCCGUCUUUCCGCCUAGUGUUUGGAAUAAUAUUGACCCGCCAAAUGAAGCAGUCGCUGAAGCAACGACAUUAGGUGAUCUGAAAUUUCACUGUACAAAAUACACAUAUUUAAGCAACAAAGUGAAUAGAAGUAUAGUCUUAUAG